GGGGGAGUGAUUGAUUGUGUUAGAGAUGAUCAAUGUCCACUCCAAGCAAUUUAUGAAACAUAAAAGGCCACCAUCACGUGAGAAAAUGCUCAGUGUCAACCAUGGCUCUUUCUUAUGCUAGGCUUGGGUUUUACAUAGUGCUGUUUAGCUUUAUAACCUUACAGUCCAUUGAUAGCAAAUUUGCACCAACGUGGGAUUCGCUGGAUAAAAGACCCCUACCACAGUGGUUUGAUGAUUCUAAAGUAGGAAUUCUAAUAUGCUGGGGAGUAUAUUCAGUCCCAGCUUGGGGAGGAUGGGGCGCAGAGUGGUUUUGGUGGUGGUGGAAAGGUGCUAAUCAAACUAAGUACAUAGAUUACAUGAGCCAAACGUACCCACCCGGUGUCACCUUUCAGGAUUUGGCUGCCUCUUGGAGAGCACAAUUGUAUGAUCCCAAUGAGUGGGCAGACAUAUUUAAAGCAGCAGGAGCAAAAUAUGUGGUGCUCACCAGCAAACAUCAUGAGGGUUUCACACUGUGGCCAUCUAAAGUGUCUUGGAACUGGAAUGCCAUGGAUGUUGGACCAAAGAGAGAUCUUCUAGGUGACCUAGCAGUAGCAAUUAGAAAUAGAACUGACAUCCACUUUGGUUUGUACCACUCACUGUUUGAGUGGUUCAAUCCUAUUUACCUGAAAGAUAAGGCUAAUAAAUUUACAACUCAAGAUUUUGUGAAGACAAAAACUGGCCCAGAGCUGUAUGAACUUGUCAACAAAUAUCAACCAGAGUUGAUUUGGUCAGAUGGGGAAUGGGAGGCAGAAGACACUUAUUGGAACUCCACUAAUUUCAUUGCCUGGCUGUAUAAUGACAGCCCUGUUAAAAACAAAGUCGUGGUCAAUGAUCGCUGGGGCAGUCGCACCCUGUGCAAACAUGGAGACUACUAUACCUGCCAAGAUCGCUACAAUCCAGGCAAGCUGCAGAAUCACAAGUGGGAAAAUGCCAUGACAAUUGACAAAUUAUCCUGGGGUUACCGGCGUAAUGCACCUCUCAGUGACUACCUCACCAUGGUAGAACUGACCACUACAAUAGCUGAAACAAUCAGUUGUGGAGGCAAUAUUCUGGUGAACAUAGGUCCCACUGCCGAUGGGCGUAUUCCCCCAAUUUUUGAGGAAAGACUUCGCCAGAUGGGCCAGUGGCUGAAAGUGAAUGGCGAGGCCAUCUAUGGUUCAAAACCUUGGGCAUUCCAGAAUGAUACAGCUACUCAUGGAGUCUGGUACACCUACCAGAAAGCCACAGAUUCUGUGUAUGCCAUUGUCACAGGUGGAAAGAUGCCAUUUGGAAAACUGAUGCUGGGUGCGCCCAAUCCAUCUCCUGGAACACAAGUAACCCUGCUGGGAUAUACCGGAGGACCCUUUCGGUUUGACAGAAAUCCACCAGGGGGCAUUGCUAUCGAUGUCCCAGCAAUACCAGCAAGUCAGAUGCCGUGUGAUUGGGCAUGGACUUUCAAGUUCACCCAGUUGGCAAAUUGAUGACAUAAGUUGCUUAGGCUCUCACUGCAGCCAGAUCAUUUUGAUGUAAAUGCAUAAAUCUUGUUACCUGAAAUCAUUUGAGACUACAACCAACCAGAUUUUUCCAAUCAGUUGAGAUACAUUAAAACUUGUCAGCAUUGGUACAUGUAUAAGCAUAAAAAUGUUUAAUUGUCUUUAUAUUAUAGUUAACUGAAAAGCAUAAUCAUUCACAGUUUCCUCUGUGUUAAAGCAUUAGGGAUUUAUCUAUUUAUGUAUGAAAGCAAAUCAACCAAGAAGUAUAUAAUAUUGUUAAUCAGAUGAAUCUCUGCAUUAAAAGCUGCAGAUUCCUCUUUGGCAGUCGUACAGCUGUUGGCAGCAUACAGCUGUGUUUUUGCAACCUCUACAUGUACCGACAUGAAUGUUAGACAGCAGAUUUAUGUAUAAUUAUUACCAUUUUAUCUUUUCAUAGCGUAUUGCUAUCAUUGAUUUACAAAAAGGAUAGAUAUUACCUCGAAAUGUGUUGCUCAAAUGCACAUCAUGUAACUUAUAUUGUAGAAAUUGAUGUGUACUACACAUGGAAUUGUAAGGUUUUAAUUUUGAUAUGCAACUGGUGUUUAUAUGAAUUUGAUACAGGUGUUUGCUACUAUUAUGAUGAAAAAAUUAUGAACAAAACAAGAGCUUGUGAUAUAAAAUACAUUCCGUGCAAUGUUUGUAUGAAAAUAAUGGAUAUUAAUAGUUAUCUGAAACUGACCUUCGUUUCUGAAGAGUUACUGAAAUAUAAUAAAGGAUAUAAAUCCAAGAGAAAUAAUUUCA